AUGCUUUCUUUAUUCUUAAGAACAACAUUAUCAAUCCCAGGUCUCCCAUUAAGUGAUGCCUAUCAUUGGGGAUAUGCAAAUCCAUCAGCAGAGUAUUGGGUUCAAGGAAACAAAAAAGCAUCAAUUGUCAUUAUUUUGCCAAAAAACUUGACAAUCAAUUUGGGACUAAAGAUGCGUGAAUACGAUGCUUCCAACUUCACUGAUAUCAAAAACACGGUCACAACACGUGGAAAUGAAAAAGAUCCAAUUUAUUCAACAAUUACUCUUGAACCAGGCACUGACAAACCAUUUGUUUUCAAGAUGACUGUUCCUUCAACAAAGGAAGAACCUUUUAUGAUCAUGUAUACUCAUAAUGCCCCUGUUUAUAGAUUAUCUGCAGCAUUAGGAGGUUUUACAUUGUUCAUUGCAUUAUUCCUCUUCGUUUUCGGAUGGGCUAUAUUCUGUGGAGCAUGCAGAGCUACACGUAAGCGUUAA